UGGAAGUGACCAGCAUUACUAAACAAGCUGCUUUUAACUGCAGUGGCAAACUUGACUACAACAAGGUGACAGCAGAGCUCCUUCAAGACCUUCAUCAGCUCAAAGUGGCAAAGCUUCCAGCUCCACCACUGUCACUGUGGGUGCCAGCAGCAGCAGCAGGAACACAAAGCUAAUUAUUGAGCCUGACACAAUGAAGGAAUGGCAAUGUGUACAAUCCAAAGGAUGCUUCUACCUGAAAGAAAAUGGGGAAAUCAUCAGUCACAAGUACAGGCUGCACUUACCCCAAAGAUCUGCAGUUUGUAUCACCAUCAAACCUUUAAAUAUUCCCCAGGCAGAAGGAAAAUCUUGUCGCUGGUUGUCAGUGGAUACAGAUUUGUUUAUUCUGAAGGAAAAUGAACCCCAAGAGAAUCUACAGCUUGUGAGCUUUACUGAACUCCAACACAAAGAGAUGUUUGGAUGGAGAGGGGAGCUUGGAUCUGGGGUUUACUGGCUGCUCCCUUUCACGGGAGGAAGGCUGAGGAAGGUAAAAACCCAAAUUCCUGGAGAAGCCAAACUGGUGUGGAGAGAUGAAGAUGGAGAGCUGGCUCUCGCCAAAGAAUUCUGAGCUGCUUUGUUGGAUAUAUUUGAAACAACUGAUUUGGAUGGGAAUGGCCUCCUGAGUCUGGAGGAAUACAACUUCUUUGAGCUGAGGACUAGUGGGGAGAAGUGUGAUCAGGAAGCCUGGGCUGUGUGUAAGGAGAAUUUUGAGAUGAAGAGAAAUGAACUAACAAGACAAGGAUUGAUGGAUUUGAAUCUCAUGGAAGCCAACGACCGGGAUGGGGAUCCUCGGGACCUUUGGGUCACUUUGUUGUCCCUGGGCUACAACAAAGCCUUAGAAAUGGCAGAGGCGUGGCCCUUUGUCAUUGACGUGUACAGAGAGGUGCAAAGGCAGAAUGAAAGCCUUUCUCUGGAGGCAGGGGGCUCCCAGCUGAGCAGGGCUGUCUGCAGGUCUGUGGUUAAUAAAGGAGAGGCCACAGUGCUGGAUGGCUCUGAGAACAUCAUCAUCCACACUUACAAAUCAGGCAGCAGGAUCAGCUCUGUGAUUGAAAAGAAGGGAUGGCCUGGGACUUCCAUAAGGUACUUUGUGUUUAUGUCUGUUGUUAUUGUUCCUUCUCCUUCCUUGGGUCAUAGUUGAGAAUUACUUCUCCUGAAAUCAGGGUUUUUGUGUCUGUUUCAUUAAAAAACCUUCCUGAUGUGCUUGUGCUCCUUGGGACUUCAAAAGAGCCUGGAUCAGUGUUCCUGGAAGGGACAGAUUGUUAUACUGAGGCAAGCAGUUCUAAGUACCAUAUGAAAUGAGGUGACUAAAGCCAGAGGGUUUCUUUAGCAAAUGCAAACCACUGGAUUUUAACAAAUUUUGAUGUGUUUGCCUUG